GACUUUUAUCUGACAUUUGCGUCAUGUGGUGCGCGCAUGCGCGCGUCACCCGGCAGUGAAAGAUCCUUUUUCACACAGGUGAAGAACAGCUAAACAGACACCGAGCGUCCCGAUAACAGAGAUCAGAAAUGGGCAAAGGCGGCGGCACUUUUGACAGACUGUUGGAUAAGGCUACUAGUCAGCUGCUGCUGGAGACCGACUGGGAGUCCAUUCUGCAGAUAUGUGACCUCAUUCGGCAAGGCGAUGCACCGGCAAAAUAUGCAGUUGGUGCCAUCAAGAAAAAACUCAAUGAUAAAAAUCCCCAUGUCGCGCUCUAUGCUCUUGAGGUCCUGGAGUCCGUGGUGAAGAACUGUGGCCAGACGGUUCAUGAUGAAGUGGCCAGUAAACAGACAAUGGAAGAGCUAAAGGAGCUGUUCAAGAAACAACCCGAACCGAACGUGAAGAAUAAGAUCCUUUAUCUGAUCCAGGCCUGGGCCCACGCCUUCCGCAACGAGCCCAAGUACAAAGUCAUCCAGGACACCUAUCAGAUCAUGAAGGUGGAAGGUCAUGUCUUCCCAGAAUUCAAGGAGAGUGAUGCCAUGUUUGCAGCAGAAAGGGCUCCUGAUUGGGUGGAUGCAGAGGAGUGUCACAGAUGUAGGGUGCAGUUUGGUGUUGUGACCCGAAAGCACCACUGCAGGGCAUGUGGGCAGAUUUUCUGUGGGAAGUGCUCUUCUAAGUACUCUACCAUUCCCAAAUUUGGCAUUGAGAAGGAGGUGCGUGUGUGUGAGCCCUGCUUCGAGCUUCUCAACAAGAAAGCCGAAGGGAAGGCCGCCAGCACUGGGCAGUCCGAGCUUCCCCCUGAGUACCUGACCAGCCCUCUGUCCCAGCAGUCUCAGGUAGUGCCCAGCGAAUCAAUGCCUCCUAAGAGAGAUGAGGCUGCGCUGCAGGAGGAAGAGGAGCUGCAGCUGGCCAUCGCACUGUCUCAGAGUGAGGCCGAGGAGAAGGAGAGGAAGAGACAUAAGAACAUUUACUCUGCGUACCCCAAAGCCGAUCCCACCCCUGUGGCUUCCUCUGCCCCCCCUGCCAGCACUCUCUACUCCUCUCCCGUGAACUCAUCAGCUCCAUCGGCUGAAGACUUGGAUCCAGAGCUGGCCCAUUACCUAAACAGAACUUACUGGGAGAAGAAACAGGAAGAGGUUCGCAAGAGUCCCACCCCCUCUGCUCCUGCCCCAGCUCCAGUUUCACUGGCUGAGCCCGUGCCCAUCAGCCAACCAGUGGAAAGCCACGCUCCGGUCCAACCCAUCAACAUAGUGGAGCAGCAGUAUCAGAACGGAGAAUCUGAGGAGAACCACGAUCAGUUCCUGAAGCCCUUGCAGAACGCCGUCACCACCUUCCUUAACCGCAUGAAGAGCAACCACUUGCGCGGCCGCAGCAUCACCAACGACAGCUCUGUGCUCUCUCUCUUCCAGAGCAUCAACAACAUGCACCCGCAGCUGCUGGAAAUACUCAACCAGCUGGAUGAGAAGAGAUUGUACUAUGAGGGUCUUCAGGACAAACUGGCGCAGGUGCGUGACGCGCGGGCGGCACUGAACGCUCUGAGAGAGGAGCACAGGGAGAAACUGAGACGGACUGCUGAGGAGGCAGAGAGACAGAGGCAAAUCCAGCUCGCCCAGAAACUGGAGAUCAUGAGGCAGAAGAAACAGGAGUACCUGGAGAUGCAAAGACACCUCGCAAUCCAGCGUCUGCAGGAGCAGGAGAAGGAGAGACAGAUGCGUCUGGAGCAUCAGAAACACACCGUUCAGAUGAGAGCACAGAUGCCUGCGUUCUCUCUGCCUUACGCACAGAUGCAGUCACUGCCUCCUAAUGUGGCAGUGGGGGUGGUGUAUCCCCCAGCUGGCCCUCCCAGCUAUCCUGGCACGUUCAGUCCUGCUGGCUCAGUGGAAGGGUCGCCCAUGCAUGGAGUCUACAUGAACCAGCAUGGACAGACGGCUGCGGGUGGCCCGUACCAGGCCAUGCCCGUGUCAGCUACAGAUCCCAACAUGGUGAACGCUUACAUGUAUCAGAAUGCAGGCACCAGUGGGCAGCCAGCCGCCCCUCCCACAACCACCCCUGCCUACACUAACUACCAGCCCACACCUACACAGGGCUACCAGAACGUGGUCUCUCAAGCUCAGAGUUUGCCCCCUAUGUCCCAGGCUGCCCCCACCAAUGGUAUUGCCUACAUGGGCUACCAGCCAUACAGCAUGCAGAAUAUGAUGACCGCUCUUCCAGGACAAGACCCCAACAUGCCUCCCCAGCAGCCCUACAUGCCUGGGCAGCAGCCCAUGUACCAGCAGAUGGGUCCCCCCGGCGGUCAUCAGCAGCAGUCUCAACAGCAGCCGGCGCAGGCUCCUCCGGGCAGUGCAGAGGCUCAGCUCAUUUCAUUUGACUGAUCCUAGCUCAGCAUAUGCCUGCACCCACCAGGUCCAGCACACUACAUUCACCCCUGCUGUUUCUGGGUUUAUCCCUCGCACCUGCUCUCGCUUCACUAUGCUCCACAGAUACUGAAGGUGUACCAAUAUUGUAAAAGCAUUUGACUGUCUGAGCCCCCGCUCUGUCUCUUUCAAUGAAGGAGGAGAGACUACAGAUGGAGCUGGUGGGGAACCUUGUCUCUUAACUGGAUGAAUCUCACAAAACUCAAUGUCUAGAUCAUAUUUUACCCUAAAAUAAAAAGAAACCUUUUUUUUUUUUGCCACUUAAAAACGAAAUCUAUUUUAGACCAUUACAUUUUUGUAUCGUGACAUCAGUUAUGACAGUUAAAUGUUUCCUGUCUCCAUUCUCAUUAUUGUAGAAUGGAAAGUGGUAUUUCAUUUAAACUGUAAAGUAGUUACAUGGUAAUACUUGUUGUACUCCCUUUAUCCUGAUAUCGUGAUUUAAAAAUGACUGUUUAUUAAUAAAGAGAUACACCAUUGACAGUUAUGAGAUUUACACCCCAAAAAGUUGCAUUGAAACAUGGAUAUAUGAUUUCUGAAGAUGAAAUUUUUUUUAAUGCUCCUAGAAUGAAAUGGCUUGAUGUGUGUGUGUGUGUGUGUGUGUAUGGAAAUGUGUAAACCCCAUUUCGGUAACAAAAUAUAGUAAUUCUUCUUAUGACAUAGGAUGAAAUCUAAUGUGAAAAUGAUGCAAUACUGAGUCAUAACUGACACAAGUAUGUCUGUUGUCUUAUAAUUAAUGUCAUAAGUUCAUCUAAAUUCUAAUUCAAAGUUGACAUGGUAAGUCAUUAUAAGAUGAAAGAUUUAUCAUGAAGUAUUUUCAUCUCAGAAUUAUGACUUUAGUAUAUCAUACCAAGUCAAAAAUUAGAUACUAAGUUAUGUCAAAGUUCUACUGUCAUAAUUUUGUAAAUCUCAAUUAUGACUGUAUCUCAUAAUUUAGUUUUUUUUUUGUUACUCUAAUAGUUCUGACAGUCAAAAUGAUGAGAUACUCAUAUUUGAGAGGAAAAAGUCAAAAUGAUGACAAACUCAUCUACUUUGUCUUUAUUUUGACUUAAUAUAAUGUUAAUGUUUUAUCAAAGAGGUUUCACUGAAGCUUAGGUGGCAGAAAGGAGAUUCUAUUAAACAUAUGACCUGGACAUGUUGUGAGAUUCACCCUAGCUCUAACUCCCAUCUCUAGAUUUUCACAAAUGUAGUUUUUCUUUUUAAAACAAAGCUGAUGUGAAAUUAGCCAGUCGUACCAUAGAGAAACAAACACGACAUGAUUCAAGAAGACAUAACCAUCCUUUGUCUCAUAUUUUUCUCUAAUGUGUUUACUUAAGUGAAUAUGUAUCCGGAUAAGAGACUUGCUGACUUUAGCAGAGGUCACUGCGCCAUCAUUAGCAGUUUUUCAGUUCUGAAAUGCUGGGAGAUCAUGUGACUUCCAGUGCUGGUUUCCAUGUAUGCCAUUCUAGAGAUGCUUCAGAAGCUCUGUGUGUUGUGGAAUCCUUGCUAAUGAUUUAUGCGGUAGACGGCGCAAACAUUGGCUUCUGUCGUAGAAUUAACAGCCAAUGGGAUGUCAGCUUUUACUGCUGUUUGCAAAUCACAAGUCUAUUCAAUAUAACUAGGCUGGUGUUUCCAGAUACUGCAAGAAAGUUUGCCAGACGUCACAUUUAUUUGUCUUCGCUGUUUGUGGAUCUUCACAGAGUGGGUUCAGACCUGACGGCACAGAACUAGACCAAUCAGCUUCAUUACCAAUUAAUGAAAUUGCAAAAUUGAGUUCUGGAUCAAUGGCAGACAAAGGAAGUCUAUUUUAGACAUCGGUUGUAAAAACUGUUUACAGCCUGUGGAUGGUUUUGAUGGAGGACGUGAACGCUGCAUGUUUGUAACACAAACGCACACAGAACCGGUGACGUCUGUAACCCCUUUAAUAUCAUCUUUAUUCCAUACUGAUCUGCCUCAUGAUAAAAACCAAGUCAUUUUAAGAUCAUAUUUAAUAUCUUUGUUCUAUUAUUGGUCAUGCAUUAGUGGAAAUGUUCCUUUUCUUGUCUCUGAAGGUAUGUGCACAAUAAAACAAUGUCAGUCUGUUCA